GAAUAUGAAAACCAGUGUACUCCAGAAGCCAAGUUUGUAAAACAGUUGGAUCAGUGUGAGAUGAUACUACAAGCAUUUGAGUAUGAAGAGUUGGAAAACACACCUGGCAGACUGCAGGAUUUUUAUGAUUCAACUGCUGGGAAGUUUGUUCACCCAGAAAUAGUCAAGCUUGUAUCUCAGAUUAACACAGAAAGGAAUAAAAAAAUAGCUGCUGCAUCUCAGCCACAUUCCUGA